UUUCCACAGUGUGUGUAUUUAUGAUAGCUUGACGGCGUGUUGUCGUUUGGUUCUUGGGUGAUAACCCCAUGAUAACGUUAGCUUGUGUGAAAGAUAGCUGUGCUUACCAAACUGACUGGAAAGGACAAAACUCGCUUGCGUUGAAAUAAAGUCUUACUGUGUUUUGCUUUCACAGUGUGCGACUGCAUAAGAUUUCUGCAUCUUUUGGCGUCAUUUCCUUAAACUGGACUUUGAGGGUUCAGUGAUGGAUUUUCACGGAUAAGUAUUUGUUACUUCAUCAAUUGACUGUCUAAAUCACCAGCAUGUUUCAUCACCAUGGGAUGACUGGUCAGUGAGUCUGUGGCUGUCCAUGUUUUUGCUGAAAUGUCCUACAUGGAGGAAAUACCUUAAACUAUAGCUAACAGGAUCUACAGUCACCACUUUCACUGUGUCACACUAGCAAAGUCAAACAGCGAUGGGCCUCUGUUCGCCUGUGUGCAAGAUUUUGCGCAGGGGGAAAUAUUUUGUACUGCUCUUCCUCUCACUCUCGCUGCUGGCAUGGAUCGCAACUUUUUCAGGCGAAACAGUGAAAUCCGCCCAGGUUUCCCCCAGUACAACACAAACUCUUGUGAAAGGAGACAGUCUAAGGGAUAAACUCACCUCUUGGACAACAGCACCUGAUCGCUUAAAUACUCCACCAGCAAAAGGCGAGUGCCCUGAGAAGUCACCAUUACUACAGGGAGCUGUGAAGCUGUCCUUCGAGUCCUCUCUGAAACUGAAGGAUGUGCAGAGUGACAACAAAGGAGUGACUGAGGGCGAGUAUGAGCCCCCAGACUGUAGAGCGAGGCAGAGUGUGGCAAUCCUCAUCCCUCAUCGCAGCCGAGAGAGACACCUCCUCUACCUCCUGCACCACCUGCACCCCUUUCUGCAGAGGCAGCAGCUACAUUACGCCAUUUAUGUCAUCCAGCAGGCUGGUGAUGCAACCUUUAACCGUGCCAAGUUACUGAAUAUUGGAUAUUUGGAGGCACUGAAGGACUACAGUUGGGAGUGCUUCAUCUUUCAUGAUGUUGAUCUAGUUCCUGAGAAUGAUCACAAUUCAUAUGUCUGUGACAAGCAGCCCAAACACUUGGUAGUUGGCCGGAAUGCCACAGGAUACAAGCUGCGUUACAAAGGAUACUUUGGAGGAGUCACGGCAAUGAGCAAAGAGCAGUUUCUUCAAGUGAACGGAUUCUCAAACAUUUACUGGGGUUGGGGGGGAGAGGACGAUGACCUUCGCAUCAGGGUUGAGCUGCAGAAAAUGAAGAUUGUGCGGCCACCUGCUGAUGUAGCUCGCUAUACCAUGGUAUUCCACAAACGGGACAGUGGCAAUGAAAUAAAUAAGGAUAGGAUGAGGUUAUUGGGACGAACAUCACAGGUAUGGAGAAAGGAUGGACUCAACAGCUGUUCAUAUAAGACAUUGUCAGUGGAGAGGCUGCCUCUUUAUGUGAACAUUACUGUGGACAUUGGUAAGCCACAGAGUUGAGAUUUCAAGCAGGAAGCUGCUGUGACCAAAAAAUGUUUUAUGAUAUAUUUUAUACACUAUGCUAGGCCUCUGAGUGCAGCAAAGCUGCAUAUGUAAAAACACAGCAUAUUAAGCACACAGAAUGCACAUUGUUUUGAUUAGUUUACAUAUUAGCUGGCAUAGACAUUAUCUGGUACAUCUUUGCACAUUUUUGUAUAUCAUGCUGCCUUCAUUUCUUCAUAUUAUUACCUGGCUUUCUUCAUGAGGUGUCUGAACAGGCUAAAAAAAAAAAAAAAAAAGUAAAUAAAACAGUUUUAUUUAUUUAUUUUUUAAAGGAAUGUUUGGCUGAAAUCAAAUAAAGAAGUUGGCCAUAAACAUUCCUGGUAUUUAAAAUAUAUUGCUAAAACAUCAGCUGUCAGACUUUGAUUCUUUUAUGCAUAAGCCUUAUUAUUUGUGUGCAUUAUAUGUUACACAUGGACAGUGUGCAUUUUGUGUGCUUCAUUCUGUGGAUAGAUCAACUUCCUAAAGUCUCUACACACAUACACAGGUGUUGUCAUUUAUUUUGCUUGAGCAGAGGACUUACAAGCCAGAUAACAGAACACUGGUGUGGGUGUGCAGAGCCCAUAAGACUAAGUUAAUGUUUAGGUUUGAUUUAAGGCUGCUUGAAGACUUCGAGGCAAUGAGAUUUACUGAAAGGGAUAGGUUUGUAAUAAGCUGUAGACAAUGUAAUGUAAAGUGAGCACUGGAUCAGUUCACAAGAGUAAUGUGCAUUUAAGCUGUAUUAAUUGAUGCUUGGCUGCUAGAUAGCAGAAGGACAAAACACUAACAGCAACAGAGCAAUAGCCUAUAACAGUACCUGAAAAAAGUAAUCAUCCCACAUAGACUUGCUGUGGUUUAAUGUUUUAGUCUAAUCUUUAACACUGAAUCUUUAACACCUAAAUAAAAACAAAUUAUGAAUCCACAGUUAAGAUGAAUUCAUAAUCUAAAUUGUCUUCAUCAUCCAGUUAUAACAUUUCUGGUGUUUGUUCAUAGAAGACAAAGUGAACAUAUCAAUAAAGUCCUAGAAAUCGUAGUAAUGCAAAUAUCUGGGGUCUUGUUUGUCUAAAACAUCCUGGUAACGUUACUGCUCUGUAUCAUCAAGUGUCAGUCAGCAGACGACACAUGAACUUUGAGAGGAAAAACUCAAGAACCACUGAAAAGCAAUAAUAAUAUGUAGAAGGCUGAUCAUGUCAUUCAGCAGACAUUUUAACUUGUUGCAGUGGGAAAUACAUAGGACGCUAACUGGAAACUGGUUUACGUACAUGAAAUGCAGUGUCAUUCAUGUUAUAUGUUAUGUAAUAAAUGUGAAAAGUUUAUCAGAAGGUUAAAUUAUAUUAUUAUUUCUUCUCUUAGGAUUUUGUCUGCUCUGAAAUCUCUGGCUGCUCUGUAGUAAACCUACAUUAUUACUACUUUUACUGACUAAAAGACUUUGGCUGCCUUGAGCCAACUGGCUUUAUUUACAGAACUUAAGAACUUUAGCAGAACGAUGUUUUGUCUUGAAAAUAAGUUUUUUUUUUUUUGAGACAUAAUGAUAAUUUCUUAUACUGCAUGUUUUUUUCAAUAUUAGGCCUUAUAUAUUUAAGCAAAAAUUAUGGGUGGUGGUUUCUUAUUUAUUAUUUUAACAUUUUUUAAUUAAUAAUUGCUUGAGACUUGAGACAAUAAAUAUAAAUCUUUCUUACUAUUAUCAUUUGUGGAGAAAUUUCAGUCAAGAAAAAUCUGCAUACUUAUGCUUUGAUCAUUGCAUGUUGCUUAGAAAUGUGUUUCUCAUACACUCAUAUCAAAUUUGUUAAACAGUUAUAUAUAUUUUGAAGGUAUUGUAGCUGUUUGUUUGUUACAAUGACAAUAUGUUUUGUCUUUAUUUAUCUGACCAGCAAGUACUAUUUCUUUUUAGACUGAGCAAUAUUACUAACGAUACAGAGAAACAUGAUUGCAGUUUACUUCAGUCACUCAUUAUAUUUUCAUAUUCAUAACUUUUAGACAUAACUUCAUAAUAACUACAGGUUGCUCCAAAUUACAACAUUUUCUGUUUGCGAGUGUGUAAAUUAUGGCUCGGUUGAUGAACUGGGCUACUUCUCCAUAAAUCUGCAGUAUGCUCUUAUUGCAUUGUUUUCUGUGUUGAUUGCAUCCUGGCCGUUCAUUAUUCCAUAGUCAAUUCUCCACUCCUGAAUGAAUGUUUUGCUUACUGCUUGUUGGGUUUAAAACUUUUAUAUGUGAAAAUAUGUAAAGUGAACGUCUUUUGUAAAAUGAUCACAACCAAGAAAAUUUGUGAGCGUUGUAGCAUCAAACAUUACACUGACAUUUUUUUAAUUUUUUUAAAUUAUAUGAAUAAUGAAAUUCAAAGUGAUGCCAUAUUUUUUGAUGAAGUCAUUUGGUCUAUCCAUUUCGUAUGUUGAUUUUGGGUGAUUUGUCAUGUUUUACUUAUGUUGAAGGGAGAACGCUGAUCAUGACGAUUAUGUAUUUUGCUUCUAAUAGGAUUGUUUUCUCUUUAGAACACAUUUAAUAAAUUGUAUUUUUUCUUAUGAAUUA